AUGCAAAAAUCUCAUUCUUUUCAAAAAGCCUUGUCUCAUUUAUCUGCACCCCUUAAAAUCACAGGAUUGGAUGGGAAAGUGGUCAUUUGGGAUUUGGAGAACCAAGAAGAUCUUUUCAAUUAUCUAUGAACAUCAACUUUUCUGAGAUGACUUAAAGCUAAAGUGGUAGAUAAUGGUUUUAGUUAUACCGCUGAACUGAACUUGUCAAUGUAUGCUUUUUUAUAUGAAAAGCACUAGAUAUGUCUCUCUUUUCUCUCUCUCUUGAUUUGUUUGUUUAAUUGCAAAGUGUUUUGAGGUCUUCAAGAUAUUUUUAUUU